UAUUCUAGAGAGUAAUAUAAUUCCUUUGUUCUUAUAUGUUAUUAGAUAAUGUUGAAACAUCGAUUUAGAUUUCGAGCACCAAGUUCUGAAUUUUUACUGUUCUCCAUUCCAAUUGAUCCUGGAGUUCCACUUCAUAUGUGGAAGUGGAAAUUUGAGAAGACAUCAACACACCUCCAAAGAAUGAAGAAAGUAUCAUUGACUGUGAAAAGUCCUACAUUGCCGAGUCAGAUGAAGGAACAUGGCAUGUCCCUUGAUAACCCAGGAUCUUUACUGGGUACCUUUCAACCACCAGAUGGAAUCACAUUAGCAAUUUUUCUUUCAGAGAUCGACAAUGAAACCAUUGUAAGAUGAGCUUAAGUUAAUGAAUGAAUAGUUUCCUCUGCUUCAAUCUAAAUGGUUUCUGGUACGAUUAAUUUUUCGGUACUUGCCUUUGCAUGUGGAUUGUUUGAUGAUAUUGAAGGAAAGAACAUGGCAUUUGAUUUUGGGUUAUGUUUUUUUUGGCAGAUUGUAGCGACAGCAGAAACAAAAAACUAUGAGAAAUUGUCUUAGAAUCUUUGAAAUGCUUCCUUUCUAAAGAUUAUGGAAAGGCGUUUGAGAAAUUUAGGAAUGAUAUUGCUAUUAUUUCAGGUACUGUUUUCUUUAAUCUAGCUUCUGCACAAGUGAAGUUCUACUAUACUCUUUAAUUGUUUAGGUUGUGAUUUUUGAAAGUUUUCACUGAUGAAAGUGUACUACUCUUUUCGUUGACCUUUGGAUUGAAAGUCAUCAUGACCGGUG